GUGUAUUUCCGCUUCCUCUGGUUCCGUCGUUUGGGGUUGGACAGGGUUGUUGCGGAGGGCGGAGAAAGGUUGUUUGGAACUCCGUGCACGGUAAGGUAAACUGAGGCGAGCUGUGUGCGGGGAUCUCUUCACCUGGCUGUACAGGAGAGCUGGAGACAGCAUUUCUGGACUCGAGAAGGCGUGUAGGGUUGGAGAUAAGAAGCUCGGAGAUUUCUCAAGUUGGCGAGACUAGGAGUUCCCCAGACACCUAUCCGCGGCCUCUGCUCGGGCCCAGCACUGUGUCCACCUGCCACCUCUGCCCCGAGGCGCCUGCCUCCGGCCUCCCGAAUGGUGCGCCUCCUCGCAGGCCUCGGCCCAGGAUCCAGGCCUCCUCUGCCCCUGGCCUCGGAGCAGCAGCUCCCCGUGCCUGGGAGAAAACAACUUUUGCACAGACUAGGCUAUAGCGCUAGGCACCCUGCUGACGACAGGAAUCUCCACCUUUAACUCAGUUGCGAGUUCUUCCUGUGCCCCCUUUACAAACAGUCUUUGAGAAGAGAAACCUUUCUUGCCACCCAGAGCCCAGGAAACCCCAAGCUGGGGCCCUGGCCCCAGCAUGUUAGUCCUCUCUUGUGCAUAGGGCUGUGCCCUCUCCCCAUUGGCAUGGCUGAACUCAGGCAGAUUCCAGGGGGCCGGGAGACCCCUCAGGGGGAGUUGCGGCCAGAGGUUGUGGAGGAUGAAAUCCCUCGGAGCCCAGUCGCGGAGGAGCCCCGAGGAGAGGGAAGCAACAGCAGUGAGUCCAAGUUUUCCCCCGGGGAGGAGGAAGAGCUGGAUCCUCGAAUACAGGAAGAGCUGGAGCACCUGAACCAGGCCAGCGAGGAGAUCAACCAGGUGGAGCUGCAGCUGGAUGAGGCCAGGACCACCUAUCGGAGGAUCCUUCAGGAGUCAGCGAGGAAGCUCAACACUCAGGGCUCCCACUUAGGGAGCUGCAUUGAGAAGGCUCGACCCUAUUAUGAGGCUCGGCGGCUGGCUAAGGAGGCCCAGCAGGAGACACAGAAGGCAGCCUUGCGGUACGAGCGGGCUGUGAGCAUGCACAACGCUGCCCGGGAGAUGGUAUUUGUGGCUGAGCAGGGAGUCAUGGCUGACAAGAACCGUCUGGACCCUACGUGGCAGGAGAUGCUCAACCACGCCACCUGCAAGGUGAACGAGGCGGAGGAGGAGCGGCUUCGUGGAGAGCGGGAGCACCAGCGGGUGACACAGCUGUGCCAGCAGGCUGAGGCUCGGGUGCAAGCCCUGCAGAAGACCCUCCGGCGGGCCAUUGGCAAGAGCCGCCCCUACUUUGAGCUCAAGGCCCAGUUCAGCCAGAUCCUGGAGGAGCACAAAGCUAAGGUGACAGAGCUGGAGCAGCAGGUUGCUCAGGCCAAGACCCGCUACUCUGUGGCCCUGCGCAACUUGGAGCAGAUCAGUGAACAGAUUCAUGCACGACGCAGGGGCCUGCCCCCACACCCACCAGGUCCCCGGCGGUCUUCCCCUGUGGGCGCUGAGGCUAGGCCAGAGGAGGAUGGAGACAGCGGGAUCAUUGAGGGGGCUGAGGGUGGAGCCCCAGAAGAGGGCUGCAGCCUGGGGCCUGCUCCUGCCCGGGAUUCGGACACGCUGAGCCUGCUGAGUCUGCGUACAGUGGCCUCGGACCUACAAAAGUGUGACUCCGUGGAACACCUUCGGGGCCUCUCGGACCACGCCAGUCUAGAUGGCCAGGGGCUGGGUCCCCAGAGCAGGGGCCAUGGGGGCCGCCACCAGCGCAGCAUCAGUCUGUAGCCAAUGCUCAGGGUGGCUGUGUCCCUUACCACUGCUGGCCUGUGCAGGGCCACAUGGGCUCCCAACUCCUGUGCUGGGGGUCUUGCUUCCCCUGGAGAGGCUGGGUUGGCUGUGACUGAGUCCUCUUGUCAUUUGUACCCCGCCUCCUCCCCGCCCUCCCAGGUGUUGCCUUACUCAUCAUCAGAAGGCUUAUCUCUGGUCCUCACAGUCUGUCCAUGCCCUUUGCUGGCCUCUGACAUUUAUUCUCCUGCCUGGCUUUUUCCUUCAGGUAAUUUGGUCUGGGAAGCACAGGGAAGCCCAUCACAGAAGGUAGGACCUGAAUCCAGCAUCUCAAAGCCCCCCAGCUUGAGUGGAUGGACAGGCAUUCCUCCUACCUUUCUGUCUCCUGAGGGGCCCUAGGGAUGUGGCAGAGCCCUCCUGGCAGCCCUGCCCCUAUGUUCUGUCUCAGUUGACCUGUGUGUGAUUUGUAAGAUGCAUUGUGAGGCUGUGUGCCUUUGGAAGACACAACCUCUGUCCCUUCAGUGCUCCAUUCUCAUGACCUGAUCCACUUUGUUCUGGGUGCCCCAGAGCAAGACUUGAAGGGUGCUGCUGUCAGGAAAGGUGAAACCUGACCCCAGUGUCAACAUGGGACCAUGGGCUCCCAUGUGCUUUGCUUUCCCAGCAGGACUGGACCCUCAACAUUGCUAAGGUGCUAGUGGGUCUCUGCUAGGGUCCCUGUUGGGAGUAGAGAGGUAAUGAGGUCCUGAUGUGGAGUGAGGUUUACUUUAAAGGAUGCUGAGCUGGAUCUUGGCCUCCUGCAGGAUGGAGUUAGGAAUUUGGUGCUCUUCCCCCAACCAAACCAUACUACUUGAAGGUCCCUGGGGAAUGCCCAAGAGUGGCAGCUGCCCUUGGUGUUGAGAGAGGACUCACCCUUCACAGGGAACAACUCCAGGUGUCUGGUAGUGCUCUCAGCCUGUGUGGGGGCAGGGCGGGGAAGCUGCACUGAGCCUGGGGGCCUUGGAGGGACUGGUGGUUCCUGUCCCAGGCUAGGAGGGCUGGGCUGGCGUGCUGCUGUGAGCAGAGCAGUUGGCCUGCACAUGGACACUGUCUCCCUGUUCCAGGGUCCAUGCAGGAUGGUCACGAUGACAACCUCUGGGUUCGAGGUAGUCAUAGCUGUGUAUGUGUGUGCAUGUGCCAGUAUGGGGGGAAAUGUCCCUGAUUUUAUUUAAAUAAAAUAGUUUAUGUAACAGUAAUGUUUACCUCUCCUACCACAGAAAGGAGCAUAGAGAGAGGGGAAUAGCAGGGUGAUGAGGGUCUCUUUUAGUGGAGUGGUCAGGGAAGGCCCCAGGGAGAUAGAGAAGAGUUGGAUCUUUGAUCUAGCCAGGCCAAGGGGAGAAGGGAAGGCUUCUGGCUUCUGGAGUGAGCCCACAGGGGAGGCUUCAGAAGGGGAGGCUUCUGGCUGGAGUAAGCCCACAGGGGAAGCUUCCCACCCUGCCUGCUGGGUGGGGACAGGUAUGUAGGGUGGAGUGGUGUGGACUUGCUGGCUGCUUAUUAUCCACAUGAGUGCUACUCCUAGAUGUGAGUGAGUAUGAAGAAAGGGUUACAGGAUUUAGUAAAUACACAGGUUGUCUGGCUAGCUCUGAAUUUCAUAUAGUGAAUGAUUUCUUGUCCACUGAACUGUUAGGUCAUACUUAGUUAUUUUUGUUCUAUCUGAAAUCACAUUCUAACAUAUAAAGGGUGACUCCAAAGUGCAGGCUUGCUCUGUUGUGGGGCAAGAAGCGUUUGAGUGCCUUCUGACCCCAGCCUGUGAAUUAUCCAGUGGCAUCAAGUGGAGAAGGACGGAGAACUUCAGGAGCAUGAGGUACAUGAAGGCUUCUGGCUGAGCCCCAUCAGGGCUGCACCUGCAUACUCAGGUAGCUGAGGGUUGGGGUUGGCCAAAGGAAUGGAGAAGGUGCUGCUGGGAGAGUGGGAGACCCACUGGAAACUUGGUGGGAAAUGAGGUCUGAAGACCCUGUAGGGGAUGGCAAAGGACAGGAGGGCAGAGCAGUGACUGGUGACCUCGAUGGGACGUUAGUAGCCAAUGUUUAUGGAACGUAUACUUGCACCCUUUGACAGGUACUGUCCAGGUGUGAGGCUGCCUUUACUGAGAAGGGAAGUGUGGUAAGGUGGAUGGGUGCCGUGGUGUUCCAUUUAUCCCUAGAAAAGCUCUAUGAAUGCAUGGCCUGUGUCCUUGGGCAGCUGAGCUUUCUAAGAUGAUACCCAGCUCAUCCUUUUCUCCCUAGUCCCUGGCAGCGCACACCUGUAAGGCUCCUGGUGUAAAGGGACCCAGGAAAGAAGGACUGGCUGUGGCUGCCUGUUUCUUGCAAAAUCACCUGCCACAUGAGACCAGGAAAGUUAAAGCUGAUGACGCUUCCUAGUGGAAUAAAAUGACCACAGUGCAAGUGCCCCCAUAGGAUCCUGACAGCAGAGGCCAGCACCAGCCCAGGGCAUGUCCUGUGCCAGGUAUGUACAUUGACUCAUUGUACCCCCACUGUGGGGUGGGUGGCACGACAGCUGCCUUUGCCAGACGAGAAACAGGCACAGCGGGAGUGCCCAGUCUAUCCCAACUUGUAGAAGGAGAUGGAGGCAGUUGGGUUCUUAAGAAUCCAAACUAGAGCCCUUGAGUUAAGGACUUCACAAUACCCAGAGGUGACACAACAGAGGCAGUGGGUGGAGUCACCUCUUAGGAAGUUUGGCUGGAAAUCCUGGAAUGGUCAAGGAAUUUUGUUAAAGAGAGUGAAGCAGUCAGGUUGUGGGCGAUGUGGAGCCUCGUGUACCCCAUUCCUAUACCAUGUCCCAUGUCUCAAGGAGUGGUAACAGUGCUUCUGAACCAUGCCUUCAAGUGAGCAGCUGGGCCUCAGUCUCUCCACCACCUAGCAGUACACACCUGGUACCUAAUAGAUGCCCAGUGACUAUGCUUUUGUGCCCCCCACAUGCUCCCAGUCUGAUGUACACCAGGUCACCUGCAGUUAGGUGGGGGUUUUCCAAUGUCUCUUUGCUUAAGGGUCAUCACUUGUACAAUGAGAAGGUCCAGUGUAUGAGCCUGAUACAGGCCAGUGAGUGCCUGCCACUCCUGUGGCAGGUUUCCAAACACACUUCAAGGUGUGUUUGGAAAGGGUGGGCUCCUGGCAUGUCACACCCCUCACUGUCUGCAGGGGGCAGCAGCAGCAGCAUGUGUCUGGAUCUGUCCUGCAAGGUUCCUUCUGAGAAGUACUGGGUGUGUGGUGGGCAAGCGCUGGGUGGUGUGCCAGUUUAGCCCAUCUGGCCCCACUCAGGCCUCCUGCAGUUCUGCCUGUCCUUAUUCUGCACAGGGCAAAAGUGAGCUGGGCCGGUUGUACAGGGCAGUGUCAUUUAGGACCAGAUGUUCUGUGGCUCUUGCCCCUAUCCUCUUCCUCAACCCACCUUUCUCAUCUGCCUUAGGGUUCUUGUCCUUGCCCCUUUCUCAGCCUCCCUCCACAUUGGCCUCCUACACAAUCAUUCUCCACCUGGCCCCCUUCCUGAACUGCAGCCUCCACACUGCUCCCUCCCAGAACUGUCAGAACCAGGGAUCAUUUCACUGGCUGGCAAAUGGAUGAGUGCAGUUUAUUAAGAGAUAACCUGGAUCCUUCUUAAUACAAAACACUGGUAGGGCUUGUUAGGGGCACUAAUAAGUGUGUGGGGUGUCCAGGUGAGGGGUGAGGGACACAGAUGUAUGCAGGUAGCAGGUGCAUGCAAGGCAGUACAGAUUGACUAGAGACGGCUGCAGUGAAGGAAGGCUUUAAGCAGGGUACUCACCACUUUAAAGCUUUGACCCAGCCACUGGGUAUAGGCUGGACAGGUUCUGGCAGGAGGUCCUUUGCCCCUAAGUCUUCCUGACUGUAGGUCUCGCUCUUCUGAUGGAUGUCCUGAGCACCUCCAGGCAGGGCCUGUGACUUGCUGGCUUUGGUGUUCUCAGGGUCGGGCACAUGACACUGACCCUCAAUCAUCUGUCCACUAACUUGCUCAUUCCUAUGUUACUCAACGCAAGUUUCCCCUGCUUAACUUAUUAGACUUCUGCCUGUGAUUUGAGGUCUGGCAUGUCUGGCUCUUUAGCUAAGGGAGGGAGAAAGGGAGAGAAACAAUGUGUGGUUGCCUAUCACAUACCCCCCUACUGGGGACCUGUCCCACAACCCAGACAUGAGCCCUGACUGGGAACUCAACCAGCAACCCUUUAGUUCACUAGCACUCAAUCCACUGAACCACACCAGCCAGGGCUCAUGUAGACUUUUGACCAAAGGCCUUGCUUCUGGUUCCCCAGUUCUCCAGCCAGGUCUGCAUUAAUGUGUCCACCAUCCCCAAGUUCCCUAAGGCCCUUUGCCUUACUACAGGAUUGGUCCAAUGCUACUGUGGUAUCAUCCCUGACUCUGUACUUGCUCAACCCUUACAUGUUACAAGAGACAUAAUAAUGAGGCCAUAUGUCAUAUUUGGUCUAAACUGGGACACUUCAGUGUGCAAGGGGCAGAUGUAACUCAGGAGUGAAAAGCACUGACCACAUUUUCCAGAGAGGGCUAUCAUUGGUCAGCCUGUACCACUAGGGGCUGUGUACCCAUGAGUGACCUAUUCAGCCCUCUGGCCUUGGUGUUCCAGUCUGCAAAAAGGUGGCCGCACCGGGCAGAUGGCCUCUCAGGUUUUCCAAAGCACUAAGAGGACAUGGGCAGUGGAGAGUGUUUGCCUUUGAGGAGUUUGGUGGCAAUAUGAACUGGUGGAUGUGUUUUUAGAGUGGUCUUGGGAACAGAGCAUGAGAACUCCAAGUCCAGGGUUGGUUGGGACUCAGCCAGAGGCAGUGGACACCUGCUUUGGGUGUGAGCUGAUGACCAUCUGUCCCAUCAAGGGUCCUGCAGUGCCAGGGGUUUGCUUCUUCCUAUAGAAGGCAGGUGGUGGUCACCAUGCCUGGCAUAAAUCAGCUGAUUUGUCCAUCAACAUAAUUGGUGUGGGGGGGUAGUCAACAUGAGUUUCUUUCCCAUUUAGAGCAGAGGAACAUUUGGAUCUAGGAUUAAAUGUAGAUCAGGGUGGUGGAGUAUGGCAAGAAAAGACAAACUUCUUUCUCAGCUGCUUCCUCUCUGGGUCCUCUCCACUCCACACACAGCAGAACAGCAUAUCAACCACAUAGGGUCCUUGUCCAGAGGGGAGGCAGGGAUUCUUACAGGGGACUGGGGGAGGAGUGGGGGAAUAAUAGAAGCUUCUGGCAGGGGGCUCCUGGAGCUGUGCAGGCUCUCAAGGGCUGCCACUGUUCAGGGGAGAACAAGAGGCCCUCGCUUUAUGUCACCUCUCUCUUUUCUUCUGACUUCAGUGUUGCUGCUGUGGUUUAAGCCCCCCAUUCUCCUUGGAGAGAGGCCAGGGACCCAGCUGCCCCUGUUCUCCUAUUAGGCUUCCUUUCAGCUGCCUGUUACCCAAACUCCACUUCCAUGUUGGACAGGCUUCCCAAAGCUUCUUAUCCCCAAAUUUUCUUCUCCCUCAGACAGUUAUAUUUAGCAGAAGGGACUGUGGCAACUCAGCUGGAAAGGACUUGUCAAUGAUAAGAAAGGGUGCAGUGCCUUAGGGUGGUCUUCCUUGCAGGGAAGCUAUGUCUCUAUGGCACCAACAAAAACAAAUUUAAGAUUUAGAAAAUAAUUGCAACCAGGUAUUUAGCUCUCCUGCUACCUUGAAUAUGCUGUUUACUUUUUCUGAAUUUAAUUAGUUAAAAAAUAUGUUAAACUAAAUCAAUAUAAUUAUACACACAUACAUACAUACAUACAUACCUUUAAAGACAUCCAGAGAAUGAAAGGCAAAUCCAUCUGGAACCAUAAAUGGAGAGGGAUGAGAGGAAACAAUGCAACUAGAGAAACCAUAAGAACUGAAGAAAGUAAAAGAACUGGAGAAGAGAGGUGAAGCUAGUGCACUCACAUGCCGGGAGGAGCCUCAGAGUCAAGUGAAAGCACACCUAGGUGACUAAGGCAGCAGUAGAAUGGUGCUCCUGUUACCAUACAGGGGUCUGGCCCAGAGUGGGGCUGCCUAGGGCCAGCAAUAAUGUGUGGGUUCUUGACUUUGUAUAGGAAAGACUUCACAAUAUGGGUCCAGGUGACUAUGAGGAUAUGUUUAAUAAAGUUGGGGACAAUAAGACAAGGAAGGGCUUAGCAUAGAGGAAGCAACAGUAGAGACUUGGCUGCCUUAGCCCACUGGGAACUCAGAGGAAAGGGGGUCUUGGGACAGAUUCAGGGGAUUGGUCUAGGCCAAGCUGUUCUGCCCAUUGCUCCCCUGAUUGCAAGUCUUGGGGUUCUUUAGAAUUUAGGAGAGGCAUGCCUGUGGGGAAGCAAGCAGGGAAGAAGGGAAAGGGAACUGUUUCCCAGAGGAGUGUGUGUGUUCUCGGCCCUUUGUCUUGAGGCUCUAUCUCGCUCUUGCAGGCGGGAAUCUCAGGAGAGGGUGUCUGCAGGAUAUUCAUCAGUUCUGCAGUUGUGCCCUGUCAGGAAGAGUACUGGCCUCCACUUAUGAGUCAGUGACAGGACGGGCCAUUAGUUAUUGCAGUUGGUUCUGGCAUUACCCACCUGGUUUUGCUGCUUUUCUGCUCCUGGAGCUAAAAUACAACUGAGGCCUAGAUUUACUCCAGGGCAGUGAAUCUUUGUACAUGAAUGUAUAUUCCUCGGCCAUUGUGUUCAGCCAUCUGUCUGUUUUCCUACUCAACUUGCCAAGGAAUUUUCCUAGCUUGUUACUAUCCUGUUUCACUUAGAGGUAGGUGCCCAGACACUCACUGAGCCCAGGUCAGAUUUAUAGUCCUUAUCUUAUCUUAUCUCAAGGUUCCUAGGUAUGGGCUCUUCCUGAAUCUGCCUACAGUCUGCACCCAUCUGCUAGCCUAAAGUUCAUGGCUCAGAUAUCAGGAAAAUCACUGAUAAAUUUGUUUCAGACAUGCUCCACCUUCCACUGGCUCCAACAGUGUUUGAUAUCUCAUAAUCAGAAACCAGAUGUUAUGAGUGAACUAGAGACAUAGGCAGGACCCAUGAGAGACACAGGGAACAGUUGAACUUCUUCCUGAAAGUAAUCAUUCUAUGGCCUGAGGUAGCAGAGGACCCAGGGAGCUGUGCCAAGGCCCUCUGUACAGCUCUGCACCAUUAAUUCCAUGAGGAUUUGUCUGCCUGGAACCCAGCUGAACCCGAACCAGGCCAGUUUAAUCAAAACAGUACUAUUUUCUUGAGGACUUGUGGGUUCUGAGAAUUUUGUUUCUUUGUGGGAUAUGAUCUUUCAGUUAUGAACAUGAACAUCUCACAGUGAAAUGAGAACACAUGAAUGUCUGUCUCUCACCUGCCCUUCAUCAUUCUGUUACUCUGACCUAGAUAUAAAUAUCACUGCAACUUAUUUGAAAAGCACAUUCUCAGGUCCCACCCACUCCAGAGGUACUGGGUCAGGAACUUACCGUGCAGCUGGGGGGUGGCACCUAGUCUGUUCAUGGGCUGUCUAGACGAUCCUUGGUGGUCACUGGAGUUUGUGAACAGCCAUAAUCGGGAAUAUGGCAAACACAUAGCUGCAUUGGAUGCCUAAGACUGAUCACUUCAUUUAUCUUUUCUAAAAUAUAUUGAGUUAAUAUAUUUUAGAUCAAUCUAAAAUCAAUAAAAUAUAUUAAUUGAU